UUCUGGAGGCGCAUGUUUAAAUAAACUAAAGAAAAUACAUCUUAAAUGUUUGCUGCAGCAGGGAACAUUUUUCCAGUCGCUUUAUUUAAUAUCUAAACAUGUAAGAUUGUGACGUUUUAUUAAUCCAUAGCAUUUAUUGUGCCCCUUUGUUACAACUAACGUGAGAUUGGGGCAGAAAAACAGACGACAUUGCCCUCUGGCGACACUCUUGACUACUGCAUGGUAGCGGGAAUGAAAAGGCUCCAUCAUCCUGCGAUAACAGCAGAAGCAGUAGCAUCGUUUGGUUAGAGAUAGUGGAGCAUCCUCCCAAACCCCGGACACUCAUGACCAGAGACUGUUCUGCUGCACACUAACGAACGAACAGCGGGAUUUUUAAAGGCAGAGAGACAUGUCCAAACACCGCAAGGACAGAGACAGCUGGGGUGAGUGGUCCCUCAGUGACAAGAAUGUCUACGACUGGAGCUCGGAGGAGGAGGAGCCAGAUGGACGAGCCCGGCCUGUCCAGGUGCUGCUGGUCAAAGACGACCACACCUUUGAGCUGGAUGAGGUGGCGCUGAAUCGCAUCCUGAUGUCAGAGGAGGUCAGGGACAGAGAGGUGGUGGCCAUCUCUGUGGCCGGGGCUUUCCGCAAGGGCAAGUCCUUCCUGAUGGACUUCAUGCUGCGUUACAUGUACAACCAUGCGUCUGAGAGCUGGCUCGGAGAGUCGGACGAGCCUCUGACUGGUUUCUCCUGGAGAGGAGGCUCAGAGAGAGAAACAACCGGCAUCCAGAUCUGGAGCGAGGUCUUUCAGGUGGACAAGCCAGACGGUACAAAGGUCGCUGUUUUGCUAAUGGACACACAAGGCACGUUUGACAGUCAGUCCACACUGAGGGACUCGGCCACCGUGUUUGCUCUGAGCACCAUGAUCAGCUCCAUGCAGGUUUAUAACAUCUCACAGAAUGUUCAAGAGGACGACCUUCAGCACUUACAGCUUUUCACUGAAUAUGGCAGACUAGCGAUGGAGGAGACGUUCCUGAAGCCGUUCCAGUCCAUGAUUUUCCUUGUUCGAGACUGGAGUUUCCCGUACGAGUUUCCCUACGGACAAGAAGGAGGCAUGAAGUUCCUGGAGAAGAGACUGAAGAUCUCAGAGAACCAGCACGAAGAGCUGCAGAACGUGCGUAAACACAUUCACUCCUGCUUCACCAACAUCUCCUGCUUCCUGAUGCCACACCCGGGCCUCAAAGUGGCCACGAACCCACACUUUGAUGGAAGAAUUAAACAAAUCGAUAGUGACUUCAUCAACAACCUGAAGGUUCUGGUUCCCUGGCUCCUGAGUCCUGGUAGCAUUGACGUGAAAGAGAUCAACGGCAGUAAAAUCACCUGCAGAGGUCUGGUGGAGUACUUCAAGGCAUAUAUUAAAAUUUACCAGGGCGAGGAGCUGCCACAUCCAAAGUCCAUGUUGCAGGCUACAGCAGAGGCCAAUAAUUUAGCAGCCGUCGCAGCUGCUAAAGACCUGUACAACAAGAAGAUGGAGGAGGUAUGCGGCGGUGAUCGACCCUUCCUGGCCCCCAGUGAACUGCAGGCCCGACACGGCGUCAUCAGGGAGGAGGCGCUGCAGGUGUUCAAGGGGGUGAAGAAGAUGGGAGGCGAGGAGUUCAGCCGUCGCUACCUGCAGCAGCUGGAGGGAGAGAUCGACGAGGUCUUCGUCCAGUACAUCAAGCACAAUGACUCCAAGAACAUUUUCCACGCGGCCCGCACGCCGGCCACGCUUUUCGUGGUCAUCUUUGUCAUGUAUGUGGCAGCGGGCAUCACGGGGUUCGUGGGCGUGGACAUCAUCGCCAGCCUGUGCAACAUGAUCCUGGGCCUGGCACUGAUCACUCUCUGCACCUGGGCCUACAUACGCUACAGCGGAGAGUACCGAGAACUGGGCGCCGUCAUCGACCAGGUGGCUGGUGCUCUGUGGGACCAGGGGAGCACCAACGAGGCUCUCUACAAGCUGUACAACGUAGCAGCCAACCACAGGCACCUGUGUCACCACGCCUUCCCUGGACCGCAGGUGGACGAGGCUGCCAACGAGCAGAACAAGAAGAGGAACUGAUCAGAUCUGGACAGAACAUGGCUCGGACUUUCAGGUGAGGAACAAGCAAGAGGAGAAGUAAAGGGAGGAGGAGGUGAAGAAGAAGGCAGUAGAGGAAGAUGAGGAGGAGGAGGAGGAGGAGGGACAUCCUCACUCAUCAGGCUCUCUUUAAUCCUGGUGUUGGCACUGCCCACCAAUACAGUCACUACUUAAUAAAGGACUGUUAAAUGUUCACGUAUAAGCAAAGGUUUCUGCUGGAUAACGCGAGUCGUAGUGUGUUGAUUUUUGUCUGUGAAAACUCAAGUGUCCAUGUUGGGAUACAGCAAGUCUGUCAGCGGAAACGUCAACAUGUCCAACGAUCAGUCUGCUCCUCUUCUGUUAUCAUCAUUAUUAUUGUUAUUCCUGAUGCAAGUUUCUCUUCAAACCUGUGAUUCCUCCUUCAUGACUGUUCUCUGAUGUUUAGCACUGAUUAUAAGAAACACUAUCUAGGAUCUGACACUUUGAAUAAUGUUGACUAAUGGACCAUCAGCAUGGUCAGUGGUCCAUGUCCUUCAUCUUUCAUUGCUGAACCCAGGUACGUUUAAUGUAAGAGUUUACUUUGAAAUGUUGUGAUAAAGUGAUAUUGUGCCAUAACGUGUAAAAAGUGAUUGUUCAUCCACAGCAGCCUGGCACACACAGACACACAGACACGUCUACAGGGGAUUCUGGAAGGAGACGUUUACAUUAAGCAACAUGAGCAACAGACGGGAACAACACUUUGUUAUUAUCCUAAGUCUGAGUGGUAAUUGUAUUUUAUUUUUAAAUUGCACGAUGGCAGUUUUGUCCAAAAUCUGUUUUUUCCCCCUAACUUUUCAGCAAAUCCUAAGUUGAGGAGAGUGUGUUUGACUAUCUCACUGCAUAAAUCUAGUGACCCACCAUCAUAGACCAUUGUAAUGAACUAGACGUCACUGUCUGGUUGUCAAGUGUGGAUAUAAAGGGAGUCUGAGUCUCAAAGGAGUCUGAAGAACUUCGGUGGUUUUGAAAGGGAAGUGAAUAAAAAAAAAUUAGGCCAAAUGAUUCAUUUUUAGACUAAAUUUUCAUGUCGGUCUAAUCCUGUUCAAAGUUAAUCUGAUGAAAUUAUAAUUGAAAAGAUGUAAAUUGCAUUGUAAAAAUGCCUGCAACUUUCAUUUGAGACCACAAUUUCUUCAGAAAAAAAUCCUGGAUAUACAUAUGUAUAGAUUCUGUGGAGCUUCACUGAUGACUGGUCCACUCACUGUACCCCAGAGUUCAGCCUUAUGACUCACUUCUGGGCCAAUCCCCACUAGUUGAAACACACUGGUUCACACAAUAAAUCCUCCUAUAUUUCCCACUUUACACUUUGGUCAUCGUGUGUGGUUAUAUCUAACACCUCCUCCCAGUCACCCCCUAUAUGUGUGAGCGAUGACCUUGGUCUGAGGUCAGGAGGAAACAGCCAGUUCAGUUUCCAUUGUAUCGACUGAAAACUAUUGUUGUUUUCGUACUAAGCAUUCGAGCAAAUCCGAGGAAUGUAGACUCGGUGUGUCCACCAGGAAUCCUAGCUGUUAGAUGUUAUGAGGCGGGGCAACACAGACAGACCUACUUUUCGGAAAAACGAUCCUCAUUCCUCAUCUCUUUCAUCAUCUUCACACACUAAGUUGAAUCAUCUGUGGUGAAGCAGGCCGGGCCCUGACUGUGUGUGCAGCAGCUUAUGUUUGCAAACAAAAGGCUUCUAUCAGUGACGGCACAGUUUUGUGUUUGACUUUCUGGGCUAAGCUGACUGUUACUGUAUGUUUGUACAUGUGUGGUUACGGUCUGUCUUUUUUUUUAAAUAUAUUGUCCUCACGACGCAUUAUGUCACAUUCAAAGAAUUUAGCUAUGGUUUUUCCGUUGCUUUCAGCAGGCAUGGGAGAAUAUUUGUAUUUGCUGUGGUGAUAAAUGUGCUUCGGGAAUUAUUUAUUUGAUUGAUAUUUGUAAGAAAAAAAAUAGCAUAGUUUUCAGACUUGUUUUUUUUAAACAUAGGUAAACAAGGGCUGAAGUAAUAAAUCUGCCUUGGUUUGGGUGUAAGCGCCAACAAUGAACAAUGACAGCAAAGCUUUUAUGUGUUAAACAAUAUCUGGAAAUUUUCAGGAUUGCAUAAAAAGGAAUUAAACUUUGUCGUCCUCCAAAAAAAAAAAAAAAGUACAUUCUGCAUUUGUUGUUCAGAGCCUUAAAAAAUUGAAAACAACAGCGACACCACACCAGCCUCUGAAAGCCUCAUUCACACAGAGCUCCUCAAAUCCCAUAAGUAAAAAGUUCAGUUGUCUUUUGAGCUAAACAGGAAGUAAGAAAGUUCAAAUGUCAAAGUUUUCCCCCCUGGGGAUCAAAAAGUAUUUCUGAUUCUAAUUCUGAUCUGAUUUGGUGGGAAUUCUCUUCAGACGCUCUCUGUCUGCAUAGAAGUUUAAUGAGUAAAUAUACAUUGAUCUGUGAAUGUCUGCGUGUUAAACAGCUGCAGCAGAGAAAUUCUUUUUUUUCUGCCUUUCUGCAGAGUACAGAAAACACUGUCAUGCGUAUUUAGCAAGUUUAUACUGAGGUUUGACCUCAACGCUUUAAGAUUUGAAGGCACUGCAGCCUCGUGGCUUCUGGAGUCUUCCACAGUGUAUAAUCAGCAUCAGUGAGGCCUUCACACAAAGAGCCAUCUAGGUCCACUUUAAGAUCCGUGAGGUUUUCCAAAGCCCCAUUUCUUCAUGAAUUUGUUGGGAGUGUUGUAUCCAUUAGCGUUCAGAUGAAAAGAGAAGUGGAACAUGUGGAAGUACGGCAGCAAAGUUAUUCUGAAUUGGAAAUGUCCAUCAGAAGGAGGAGGAAACGUGGAUUUGCCUUUUUUUCUUUGACUCAGGAGAUUAUUUCUACCACGGCUCUUGUCAGCAUUUACAUGCUCUGUACUGAAUGAUCAAGUGAAUGAACCUCGUCCAGGUCAACACCGCUUUGUUUCAGCACAUGUACUGCAGACGUUCAGUUACAAAUAAAUAAAUAAUGUUGGACCAAAGUACUGGAAACUAGUCUCAAGUCUCCUUUUAAAUACUUUCCUGAUCCUCCUCCAAUGUCAGAUCCAGAACCUCAAUGUCCUUCAUUGAAUCCUUGAAUUUGUUCCGGUGUCUUCCUGUUUCUUUCUUCCUGGCAGCUCCAUCUUUAUAAUGACCACCGAGCACUCAGCACAUUCCCAACCUCCUCAGACGUCUCUGUGACUUUAUCUCCAAACUACUCGACCUUAGUGGUUGGCUGAUUAACUUCCAAUCCUGGUAACUCACAAUUGAAAUCUCAAGAUCUUCAACUGUCUGUUAGCAUUGCAAAACCUGCCUCAU